CGACAUGCUUCGCAUCAAGCUCAGGGACGGGCCAAUGGAGCCAAAGAUGGUCCAGGAAAGCGAUUAGGAGCGAAAAAGACUGGUGGUCAAUAUGUGGUGCCGGGCAAUAUUAUAUUCAAGCAGCGAGGCACGCUUUGGUUUCCAGGCGAUAAUACACACAUGGGUCGAGACCAUACCAUACACGCCAGCCAGGCUGGAUAUGUCACCUACUAUCGCGAUCCAGAGAAACAUCCGAAGCGAAAAUACAUUGGCAUAGUGUUUGAGCGCAACCAAACACUCCCGCAAGCACGGAACGAAGUGAGAAGACGAAGGCUUGGAAUGCUUGCCUUCCAGAAGCCACCCACCGAAUCAGAAAUUCAAAGCGGAGAACAGCAAUUCAUCAGAGAUAUCACAAUAGUAAGAGGGAAAGGCAAAGACAAGCAGGAGAUCAAACUUCACUUCCGACCUGGAUAUAUGUACCGACAAGGAAAUUGGGAAAUUGGAAGAGCAGCUGAGAAAAGCAGAGCAGCCAUGGCCGUAAAACCAUUUAAACCAGGUGACAGAUUUGCAGCGUGGAGAAAGAGGACAGCAAGGAGGAUCAGAAGUGCUGAGAAGCGGGCGCUUGGUAGAGGAAAGGGCAAGAAGAAGUGA